AUGUCUUCGAAGUCAAUCACCCUAUACGACACUCCAAGCAAGCUUCCUACGAGUCCGGGAACUCCAAAUACGUGGCGAACGAGGUACUCCCUAAAUAUGAAAAAACUCCCCUACCAAACCGUCUAUGUCGAGCCUCCCGAUAUCGAAUCCCUCGCCAAACAGAUUGGUGCUGCUCCUACGAGUACCAAACCCGAUGGAGUCACUCCUUUGUACACGGUCCCCAUCAUCCAUGAUCAUACCACAGGCGCCGUCGUAUCAGAAUCUGCCGCUAUCGCGGCAUAUCUAGACAAAACGUACCCAUCCGGACCUACACUUAUCCCUGCUGGUACGAUGCCACUCCAGCUCGCGUUCCGCGACGCGGUGGACGACGUACUUGUUGGUUUUCGUAGGUUCAUGAUCGAAGCCAUGCUGCCAGAUUUGAACGACAGGGCAGUCAUGCAUUGGAAGUCCAGGAUGCGAGAGCAGGGAGUGAACAUUGAUGCGCUGUUUGAUGGGGACAAGGAAAAGUUGUGGGAGAAAGCCCUGGCGGGUCUUGCGAAGUUUGACAAGUGGUUUGAAGGGAAUGAAGGACCGUUUGUUAUGGGAAGCGAGCCAUGUCUUGCGGAUGCUUCUCUUGGCGCGUUUUUGAGGUGUAGUCGGUAUGCUUAUGGGGAGGACAGCAAGCAAUGGAAGGAUGUUGCUAGUUGGAAUGGAGGGAAGUGGGCGAAGUACCUGGAGAACUUCGCACCAUAUGAAGCGAUUCUCUAA